ACAGUGGCUCAGUGCUUGGAAAAAAAUCUGCGCCUCUAUUGUUUUACUAUUAUCUGUUCUAUCACCGAGUUUGAAACUGUAAACCGUCGUCUCUGCAGCUGCUCCUGUCUCCUGUCGCACGCGGCUGCGUGUGUGAGAACGAAAGGGGAGGGAUAGUGGGCUCAGGCUGCGAGGUAGAACGUGCACGCGGGGAGCUGCAAGCACUGCCUGGAUUGCGCAACACCAGGAUCAUCGUGUGCCUUUAGGCUACGUUCACACUGCAGGGCACGAAACAAUGUCUUUUUCCUAGAGGGGGCCUGGCAAAAAAUAAUUGAGAAGCACUGCUGUAGUCAAUGUCAAUUUCUUUAGAAUUUGAUGUGAUGAGGAGAAGGUUGUUGGUUGAACACCUUAUUGACAGCCGUUCCACCUCAUCUCUGUGGGCAGAUUCGUCCCUAUCAGAGAUGAGCCUCACCACUGUGGUGUCAUCAGUGAAUUUUACGAUGGUGUUGCUGUGGUGGGCAGUCGUACGAGUACAGGGAGUAGAGCAGAGGACUUCGUACACAACCAUGGGGGAAGCCGGUACUGAGGCUUAGUGCAGUGGGUGUAUGCUGUCCCACUCCGACUCUCUGGAGAGGAAGCUGCUGAUCCACAGACAGGUUAAUUGGGGUGAGAAUUGAAGGCUGAGCUGUAACUCACCAUGAGCAUCCUCACAUAGCUCCCCCGCUGCUCCAGAUGGGAGAGAGCAGCGUGCAGAGCUGUUGCUAUGGCGUCCUCUGUGGAUCGGUUCACCCUAAGCAAACUGGUGUGGGUCCAGUCCCGGUGGAAGUGCUGCUGUUAUGUGACUACGGACCAGCUUUUCAAAGCACUUCAUGGCUGUUGGAGUGAGAGCCACUGGUCUGUAGUCAAUGAAGCUGGAGAUGUGAGGCUUCUUGGGCAGGGGAACUAUGGUGGAGGACUUCAGCCAGAGUGGGACCGUUGAUUGUCCGCACAAUCCUUUAGCACUCGCCCCAGGACACCAUCGGGACCGGCAGCCUUCCUCGAAUUGACUGCAUGCAGGGUGCGUCUCACCACAUGCUCAUCCAGGACGAGUACAGUGUGUCUGUGUGGUGAAGUUUAUUCAUUUGCGUAAAUGCACAUCAUUCAUUAAAUCAAUUAAUCAAACUGUCAAAAGUAUUUUACUAAUUUGUUACAGUAAAAAUAAUAUUUUUUUUAACAGCUGUGCUGACCACUCAAGAAUUAACUGUGGGUCAAAUAGCUUCAAGUCUGACACUAGGAGGCAUCCAAGCUGCUGCCACACGGCUUUUUUCAGGUUGCUCCUAAUCCUCUCCAAGCUUCUUUUGCCCUCAUUAGUCACCCUCUUUCCUGGCCGCACGGACUAGUUGCUGGUUUAUUCUACAUUUUGAACUGAUUUUGUUCAAAAUGGAUGGAGAAUGAGGAGAUAUAGCUUUGAGGCACUGCAGAGGGGACCGUCUCAGAAAACAUCCAGCAGCAUGCUUUUACUCAUUCCACAGCGCCAGCAGGUUUGCGUUUGGAUAACAAUGGAUGAACAGAAAAACCUGGUGGGAAACUGAAAGGAUGUCCAUCAGAUCCUCAUUCUUCUGAGUCUACCAAAGACAGCCGGCUGUGCGGCUUUUGUCCAACUCAGGCAGCUCCAAAUGGACAAUUCCAGCUUCCUGAGUCUCACUGUGGUCCUGCUGGGUUUGCUGGGUCCUUGUUUGACAAGACUGACACCCAGAGUCUCCUUCCCCAUGGGAAGUCCCGGGAGACGUCUCACAAGCUUCAUUAACGAUGACAUCAAAAACACCACAUUACUGCUUCUCACUCCGGAUGAAGAAACGCUCUACGUUGGAGCCCGGGACGCUUUGCUGGAGCUGGAUGUUAGCCAAAAAGAUGCUAUGACUUUGAAGAACAAGCUGGACUGGAGUCCUUCAGACAAAGACCUGGAACAGUGUUCCAUGAAGGGAAAGAAAUUGGCUGAUUGCUCUAAUUUUAUUCGUGUCCUGGAGUUCUUGAACUCCAGCCACCUUUAUGCCUGUGGAACCUUUGCCUUUAGUCCACGCUGCACAUACAUAAACUUACAGCCAUUAACAAUGCACCAGAACCUCGAUGAAGGAAGAGGUCGCUGCCCCUAUGACCCAUAUCAGCGCAACACUGCUGUCAUUGUAGAUGGAGAACUUUACACAGGUACUGUAGCAGACUAUAGAGGAAAUCGACCCAUCAUUGCCCGACAUCUGAGUGAGGGCAAGCGUCUUGACCUGAAGCUGGAUGAUACGUUAGGUUGGCUUGAAGAUCCGACCUUCAUCAGAUCCAUCUACAUUCCACACGAGGAAAAAAUCUAUUUCUUUUUCAGUGAAGCUGGCAGAGAGUAUGACUUUAUCAAUAAAUUCAUCGUCUCUCGUGUCUCCCAGAUCUGUGUGAGUGACGUCGGAGGUCAGCGAACUCUGCAACGAAGAUGGACCACUUUUGCCAAAGCUCAACUGUUGUGCCAGGCUGGCAGUGAGCUACCUUACAAUGUGCUCCAGGACAUUAGCAUCCUCCCACCAGCAGAGGGAGCCCCUGCAGAUGACACACUCUUCUAUGGUAUCUUCACAUCCCAGUGGCCUGUCAACUCUGGACGCUCAGCAGUGUGUUCAUUCCGACUGGCUGAUAUUAAAGCAGUUUUCUCUGGAAACUACAAGGUCCUAAACAGAGACACCUUACAGUGGAGUGCACGAGUUCAAGAAAAGGUGGCAAAUCCAGGAGAGUGUGGCCUUCACAAUGCGUCCGACAAUGCUCUACGCUUUGUUAAAGAAAAUUUCCUGACUGAAGACAGCGUACGGCCGGUUGCAAGAAGCUUGACAAUGGUUUCGGCGGAGCACAUCUACUGUCGUCUAAGUGUGCAGAGAGUGCAAGCUGUCAACAGGAAGCACUACACCAUGCUGUUCCUGCUCACAGAAGCUGGUCAGUUGCAUAAAGCAGUGCUGCUGCGGGGCGGCGCCCACAUCAUUGAGGAAAUUCAGGUUUUCCAGAACCCUCAGGCUGUCAAGAGUCUGAAGCUCUCCAUUCCAAAGGGUGUGAUUUAUGUCGGAACAUCAGAGAGGUUGGUGAAGAUUCCAGUUUCCAACUGUUCUUUCUACUGGAACUGCGCCCAGUGUGUUUUGUCAAGAGACCCCUUCUGUGCUUGGGACCCAGUUGGCAGGGCCUGUGUAGAGAUCUUUGAAGCACAGACCCCUCUGAACCAGGAUGUAGAUGGAGGAAACGUGGAAGAGGCUUGCAGCAGUGCCUUGUUAACACACAGAACCAGAUUUGGACCUAGCAAACUGCACACAGGUACAUGCCCAGCUGGUGAGCUGGUUUCAGUCUCUCUGAACGAGGUGGUGCGGCUCCACUGUCCUGCAGCAUCGCAGCUUUCUCAGCAGCAGUGGGAGCGCCCCAACAGCCGGCUGUCCUCAAGCCUCUACCUGCAGCUAAAAGAUGGCAGCCUGAGCUUUGUGGCCACACCCACAACUCUGGGCCACUACCUGUGCCUGUCCACAGAAAACGGCUACCGACAAACCAUGGCCAUCUAUCACGUUAAGCAGAAGAGCAGCCAAGCUCCAACCAGCUACACCCAUCAGACUCCAGUUACUCAGCCUGCACGCAGACCUAGUCCAAACACCUCCACGGGGAGUUUGGACAGGGAUUUUGUCCUAAAUCCAACCGAUUUAGGACAAAAAGACAACACCCCUUCCCUGUCUGUUCAGAGCAUCCCUGCCUCCAGCACUCACCGAGCCAGAAACAAGACUGUGUGGACUGAGGAAUCUCAAUGGAGAGGGGUGAAGCUCCAUGACGGGGAGCUCCUAGUGUCCAGCCGAGGUCCCUGCUAUCUCAAAGAGCUGGUGGCUGUGUCCAUUCUGCUGGUGCUGUGUCUCAGUCUGCUGAUUACAAUAAGUCUUUACUUUAUCCGACAGCGAUGCCACUGCAAAACGAUCCCCCAGCCUCAGCCUUCCAGCAGAGAUGCUGGCAAGGUAACACCUGAGGAGGUGGAGCCAACAGGGAACAAGACUCUGGGCAAAAGUAACAGUGAAGUGGCGAGAGGCAGAAACGCCAGAGGCUUUGUCUGUAAUGGGAUCACCACAAGUUCUGAUGGACUUUUACCUAACACUCCCAUCUGACCUGUUGCAGGGGGCCAGAUUCUUUCCAAGGGUUGAACAAAUCAGUCCUGGCUGCACUAAAUUUUAGAUUUUUAGGCUUUCGCAAAGAACAUGGUGGUGCCUUCUUUACAUUUGUGAUGAUGAUGUUCCGGUAAAGAUGCUGCUUCCACUCUUACUUCUAUGAAUUGUUCUCUCUUUGCUCUUUGGACACGUCACUGAUUCCUUCCAGCCACAAGAUGGCACUGUUCUGUACGUCUCAUAUUCACAUUAGUAAUCAGAGGAACAUGGUUACAUGUCACCAGAACGAUUUAUCAAAAAAAAAAAAAAGAAUCUCAAAGAAGCAGUUUAAAAAGUGAAACUUAGCAGAAGUUCAGCAAUUUGUGUAAAGGACUUGAAACUCAAAACAAACUUAUGGGGGGGGGGGGAUUCUUAUUUUAUCAUAAGAUUUACACUCCUCACAACCUUUGCACCAUUCUGAGGUUUAAAGGAAAACGUUCGUAGAAACAUUUAUGUUCUGAUAAGAAUAUAAUAUAUUUACUUUAUUCACUUUUUCACAGCAUCACAGAACUAGACUUUUAUUCAUAUAAAGACGACACCACCAAUGCUGGACCUGGACAUAAGUUAUUUAAGCUGCAGCGUCUGAUUUGGUUUUCUAAAGCCAAAUUUGUGGGUUCUUAUCUUUCAACGAACAGAAUAUAAUAGGUCAAGAUUACAAUUCAACGAGCGCUACACAUGUCAUCAAACCAAGUAUUCACAUUCUUUAGUUUUGAUCCCACUUGCUUCUAAAUCACAGUUUUACGUAAAUUAUGUGUUACUAUGUUUGGUCUGUGACAGACAUUUCAUCAACACAAAGCAUCCUACUAAGGAACAUUAAUAAAGUUGUGCAAAAGUC